AGAGGAGGAAAAAAAAAUGAGAGUGAGAGAGCAAAAACAGUAGAUAGGGCAGACAUGAGUGUGAGCUGAAGAAGGUGUUCAGGAGAGGUAACACUGGAGACAUAGUGGACACUGGCUACAUGUGUGUCUGUCUGUGUGCGCUCAGGUGUGUCCAUUCUGUAGUCAUCAGGGGCAGGAAGGUGGGUCAGGCAGGUCAGAGACUGUCUACUUCUCCAUAACUGAAAGUGGAUCUCACAAGAAGAGAAUUUUUUUUGUGGUCUCCUUUAAUCCAUGCGGCUCUGUAGACUGAGCAGAUACUCUUCAUCUCUCCUGGUCACACACAACCUGCAGCCAUGGAGAAGCAACUAGAGGACCUGAGGCAGCAGCUAGAGAAGCAAUGCAUGAUCAACCAAGAGCUUCAGAGGCAAAAUAAAGACUUAGAACAACGACUCCAUGAGAAAGAAAAACUUUUGCAGGAGCUGCACGGUCAAUAUCAUGACCUAGAGUUCCCCUCUAGUAAUGUAAUUGAACCUGAGGUCAGGAAGAGCCGCGCAGCUGUCAUCGCCCCCGAACCAAUCCACGAGACUCAUGAGAUUACACGCACCAGGGUCAAGAAAACUGCCAGUGAGACUAAUCUGAUUGUCAAAGCCAUACAGAAGAAUGACUUCCUGAGCCGCCUGGACGAUGAGCAAACGGCCAUGAUGGUUGACCUGUUAGUGGUGUAUAACUUCAAACCUGGAGAGGAGGUCAUCAAAGAGGGCUCUGAAGGAGACAGCAUGUACAUAGUAGCAGAUGGGGAGCUCCUCGUCACUCAGGCAGGCCAGGACCUCCGGACUCUAACCACCGGUGACGUGUUUGGAGAGCUGGCCAUUCUGUACAACUGCAAACGAACGGCAACGGUCAAAGCAAAGACCGUGGUGCGUCUGUGGUGUAUGGAGCGACAGACCUACAGGACGAUCAUCACCAACAAAUCCAAGAAGAGACGAGAGCAGCUCAUGGGCUUCCUGAAAACGUCUCAUACUCUGAAGGACCUGAAUGAUGCCCAGUUGUCCAAGAUCAUUGAUUCCAUGGAGGAGGUGAAAUACCAAGACAAAGACGUAAUAGUACGAGAAGGAACAGAAGCAAACACAUUCUACAUCAUCCUGAAAGGAGAGGUCCUGGUGACUAAGAAAGUACACGGGCACCAAAAGCAGAUUCGCAGGAUGGGGAAAGGGGAGCAUUUCGGGGAACAGGCCCUCAUACGUGAAGUUUUGAGAACGGCCACCUGCACUGCUGACGGCCCCGUUACUUGCUUCUCCAUUGACAAGGAGGUUUUUGAAGAGACAAUCCCCAUCGAACACCUGGAGCUGUUUGACGACACCAAAGUGCUGCAAGAGGUUCCUCAAAAGUCAAGUCCGCCAUCCACUCUGAAGUUUAAGGAUCUGGUUCCCAUGCUGUACCAGGAAGGUCGCUACCAAGGAGAUCCCGUCACACUUGGAGUCGGAGGGUUUGGUCGUGUUGCGCUGAUGACCACAGUGAACCAUGGGAAAUAUUAUGCAGUGAAGCGAGUCAGCAAAAAGCACAUUGUUGCCAAGAGACAAGAGGAGCACAUGCUGUUUGAGAAGAAGAUCCUCAAAGCCCUCCAGUGUGACUUCAUUGUCAGGCUUCAUGCAGCGUUCAAAGACACACGAUACAUCUACAUGGUCAUGGAGUUCUGUGGUGGAGGAGAGAUCUGGACCAAACUCAAAGAAGUAGGGCGCUUCGACGAGCCCAUCGCUGUGUUCUGCACCGCCUGUGUGGUGGAGGCCUACGCUUACCUCCAUAAGAAGAACAUCAUGUACAGAGACCUGAAGCCUGAGAACUUGAUGCUGGACGUGAAGGGCUACGUCAAACUAGUGGACUUUGGAUUUGCUAAGGAGAUGGUGCGUGGUGACAAAACCUAUUCAUUUGUCGGUACGCCCGAGUACAUGGCCCCGGAGAUCAUCAAGAACCAGGGACAUGACUUUGCAGUUGACUUUUGGUCCCUUGGAAUCCUGAUUUUCGAGCUACUGGUGGGAAGUCCUCCCUUUUCAAGCUCAGAGCCUCAGAAGAUUUACGCCAAAAUACUGGAUGGAGACAUCAAGUAUCCACCUUACCUGAGUGAAGCAGCCAAGUCCAUUAUUAAUAAGCUGAGCAGACCUCGGCCAGGUCAGAGGUUAGGAAACACCAAAAAUGGAAUCAAAGACAUCCGGCAUCACAGGUGGUUUGGCAAUAUGAACUGGCACAAACUGCGAGUGGGUCAAGUCGACGCCCCCACAGUCCGACUUAUACGCAAGGGCCCCUGCUACAUCAACUUUGAUCGUUUCCCUCCGGACCUGACCAAGGCAGACGAGGAGUUCUCUGGCUGGGAUCGUGAAUUCUGAACGUGACGUCAGAGUUUAAAAGGAUCAAAGGGAAGAAGAAGAAGAAGCUCAAUACUGAAAAAGAAAUAGCAUAACAUUAUUGGAGAGAAGAAGUAAUGGCUGAUUAAAUCCAGACGUCAGUAAUGCAACAUUAUGAACAGCAUCUGCUGUGAGACACCAACUGAAAAAAACCACAACCCAUGUCCAAUACUAAUUAGAUUUUUUUGGAACUGGAGAAUGUGUUUUUUUUAAGCUCCAUUAUUUCACUGCAGUCAGGCAAAGGACCAAAAAAUGUGUUGUUCUGUGGAAGAAAAUGUGGACAUUCUGUUUCCAGACUUCCAGAGAGAUUUGCUGCCGGAUGAACAAGUGUCGCUAACGUCAUCCAACACAACACUCGCCACUGAUUACAAUAAAACAUUCAUCCAAGUGUUCAGCAAAGAAUAAAAAGGCUGUGGUCCAACAUGUGCCAUUGCAGAAGAUUUAGCUUAAAAUUUUAAGCCAUAUCUAGUGUUCCUUAAAGUUUAUUGUCCUAUUGGACGUUCGUUUUAGAGAUAAAAAAUGCUUUAGUGUUGUUCAAGUUGUAUAUUAUUGUAAACUGUAAUUUUCUUAUUUGAGUUUUUCCUCCCCCUGUGUUCUUGUAAGAACGCUGCCUCCUUUUGUGAGCAGAUUAUAUUCAAACUAAUUUAAAAAAAAUUGUCCAGAACGUCAUGACAAACACGACUCUUGUUUAGUAAAUAAAAUGCUCUCGUGGCGCAA